AUGACUAUCCAGCGAUAUCUGCAAAAUGUAAUCUAUAUUGGAUUAUGUACUAAAUCGGUGUGUUUGAUACUUCUAGGCAGAUUUGAUUGUCCGUUUUUAUCAUUCAAAUAUUUAUCCGUCAUAAACGGCGAGUUGAGAGGCCGGUCAGGAACUACGGCCUCAACAGUGCCAACUAGAAAGCACCCGAAGGCAGAAUCCGUGUCAAGCAUAGCUUUAAAAUACCACAUCCUGUCCAUGCUCGACAACAAAAUUAUCUAG